GCUACUGUUGAGGAAGCUAAGACUCAAGCCCCCAUUAUUCAAAAGGACAUUGUUGAUACCGCUGCUGCUACUGUGGAAGAGGCCAAGACUCAAGCCCCCGUUAUUCAAAAGAACAUGGUUGAUACCGCUGCUGCUACUGUGGAAGAGGCCAAGACACAAGCCCCCGUGAUUCAAAAGGAUAUUGUCAACAAGGCUGGCGAUGUGAAGGAGACUGUUGCUGCCACUGUGGAGGAAUCCAAGACCCAAGCCCCCGUGAUUCAAAAGGAUAUGGCCCAAAAGGCCAGUGAUGCGGAGAAGACAGCUGCUGCCACUGUGGAGGAGAGCAAGACACAAGCUCCUGUGAUUCAAAAGGAGAUGAGCGAACAACAAAGUGUUGCACCUAUUACGGAGACGAUCAAGACAGCUGUGGUUGAUACUGUUGCGAUGGCACAAGAAAAGGUAGAGGAAGUGAAGGCUUCCCCUGUUGGACAAAAGGUGAUGGGAUCUGUUGAAGAGAUGCAAGCUAAAUUGACACCUGCUGUUCAAAAACCCGAAGCUGUGGUUCCUGUUCCUGUUUCUUCUAGUCAAGUGAACCCUCAAGUGAAUGCUGCACCUGCCACUACAAAACCUGCCUCUGAACAAAAGGCUUUACCUGCCAAGCCCGAGGAUAAGGGUAGUCGUUGUACUAUCAUGUAAAUUUUACUACUUGAAAAAAUAUAACACCCCCCAAAAAAAAAAAUAUAAUAUAAAUAUACAGCAUGUUUCAUACCAACAACUCUCUUGAAAAAAAAAAAAAAUUCCAAAUAGUAUACUUUUUCACUCUUUUCCGUAUAUAAUUAAAUAAAAAAAAAAAGUUGAAAUUUA